GAAGGGUACAGUGUGCCUCACUGCCUCAUGUAUGAGAUUUAUGUGGAGACCUGUGGGCAAAAUGCCCAGAACCACGUCAGUCCAGCCACAUUUGGGAAGUGUGAAAAUCAUUCACCAAUAAAGACAGACCCAGUUGGAUCACCUUUGUCUGAAUUCAGGAGAUGUCCAUUCUGGGAGCAAGAACUGGCAAAGAAGUACUCCUACAAAAUGAUGGCCUUUCUUGCUGAUGAAUACUGCAACUAUUGUCAAGACAUUUUACAAAAUGUGAAGGACUUGCUUAUUUCCUUCUGGAAAUCUCUGCAGCAAGACACAGUGGUGCUUAUGUCAUUGCCUGAUGUGUGUCAGCUCUUUAAAUGCUACGACGUACAGAUGUACAAGGGGAUUGAGGACCUCCUCCUUCGUGACUUUCUGGAAGAUGUUUCUAUUCAGUAUCUGAAAUCUGUCCAGUUAUUUAGUAAGAAAUUUAAACUGUGGCUACUUGAUGCUUUGGAAGGUUUUCCAACCCUUUUACAGAUCUCCAAACUCAAAGAAGUUACCGUGUUUGUCAAAAGACUAAGAAGGAAGACAUACCUUUCCAACAUGGCAAAGACUAUGAGAAUGGUGCUGGAAAAUAACACGAGAGUCCACAUGCUGAAGUCGGAUCUGCAUGCCAUCAUGGACAUUUCUAAGAAAGCCCCGCCAGGUCACCCAGGCAGUGCAGACGACCUGGAGAAAACCGCAGAGAAGAAAUGUUUAAGCAGUUUAAUUUCUUUGCUGGGGACAUCGACAGACCUCAGUGAUUUCCUGAAUUGUCUAUCUUCAAAUCUCCAAGCAUUUGUCUUCCAGCCAAGCAGAAGCAAAGAGGAGUUCAUCAAAUUGGCCUCCAGCUUUCAGCUAAGAUGGAAUUUUCUUCUCACCACUGUGAGCAAAGCCAUGACCCUCAGCCACAGAGACAGUUUUGGUUCCUGGCAUCUGUUUCAUUUGCUGCUUUUGGAAUAUGUUAUUCAUAUAGUACAGUCAUGCAUAGAAGAGGGAGAGGAGGAAGACGACGUGGGAAAUCUCAAGGCAAUGCUACCAGAUGACCAGUCUCUUGUCCAGCCAGACCAGGCAGCUUUCCACUGUCCAGAGUCUCCACCAUUUCAGGAGUAUGGAAGCCUGAGUGUGGACCCACCUCGGGUGAUGCUACAGUAUGCGAGCCAGAGCCUCUGUGCCAUGGGUGUGAGCAGUGUGGUUCUCAGAGUCCUGGGCUUCCUGGUGGACACUACCACAGGCAAUAAGCUCAUCCAGGUAUCGCUGGAAAACAAGGCCACAGAAAGCACCAUCAAACUCAACCUUCCUGUGGGACAGGAAACCCUUGUCACCCUAGAAGAUGGACAAAAAUUUGUGAUUCACAUAUCAGAUGUACCCCAAAGCUCUGGGAAUAUUUAUUUCAGGGAAAGCAAUGCUAAUAAGUAA